ACAACAAAAAAAAACAACAACCAAAAACUAAAAUCAACGGUUAAGUAUCAGCAUCUCUUACUGUCUACAAGGAAAGCUUUGGUGUAACAGCCACUAAUUCACAAACAUUUACACAAAUUAGAAAUCCAAUACUUUCAUAUGUCAUACUGUGCACAUUAUGCAGAAUUUUUCUAAUUGGCCCCAUGAGGCUGUGGUCUGCGCACAUUUUGUCAGCUGGGGACAGCAGCUGUCAAUCAAACAGCAUCUUUAUAACCAGCCGCAGAAGCUGCAUCAUCGUGUCUCUGGAUAGACCAAGACACAGACAGGAGGUCCACUGUGAUUACUGACUGUCAAUCGAUACAUUCUCUGAUAAGAUUGUGACAGGUUUAGAUUCAGAGGGGCUGUCUUUAUAGACGUAUAUCUGUCUUCAGACCACCUCAAUUUUUGGUAAGCUUCUACCUAGAUUCUUUUCUCAUCUCCUGGCUGCCUUUGGCUUCUCAAUUCUUUUCCUCUCAUAUCAGCUCACCAUCUCUCUGGAGAGGAUGGAUAAGCUGAGUGAGAACAAUGCGACUGUGCUGAACAGCUCCAUAGACAAGUGGUCAUUCAAUCAACGUGGCUCAUUCCAACACCUGGACCCCGGGGAGCUGAGGGUCCUGCUGCCGGCUAUCCUGGGAGUCAUCUGCGUCUUGGGUGUGGCUUGUAAUCUCACCGCGAUGGUCAUCUUGUUCUCAAAUGCACACAAAGGCAAACUGUCCCUCAUCAACUCCCUCAUCUUCAACCUGAUGUUUGCUGACGGGCUGGUGCUCAUGUUCACGAUGCCUUUCAGGGCUGCUUCCUACUCCAAAGCCAGCUGGAAUCUGGGCUGGGUGGUGUGCAAGACGGCCGACUGGUUCCUCCAGUCCUGCAUGGCUGCGAAGAGCUUCACAGUGGCAGUCAUGGCCAAGGCUUGCUACCGGUACGUGUCCAACCCCACCAAGCAAGUGAGCAUCCACCUGGGCUCCAUCCUGGUGGUGCUCUUCUUCAUCUGGCUGUUCGCCUGCUCUGUCACCAUCCCUCACUGGCUGUUUGCUACGCUGCAGAGAGAGAUCCAUGGGGUGGUGUGUGUGUUGAUGGUUCCUCCUGAAGCCCGGGAUUUCAUGACGGUGUACGUCAAGGCAUACCCCCUGGGGGUGUACUGUGCACCUCUCAGCUUUGCCCUGAUGUAUUUCUGGAAGGCUUAUGGCCAGUGCCAGCGCCGCUCCAGUAAGACUCAGAAUCUGCGUACACAGAUCAGAUCCAGGAAGCUCACCUUGAUGUUGUUCAGUCUGACUGUGGCAAUGGCUAUUCUCUGGCUUCCUCACUGGGUGGUGUGGGUUUGGGAGCGUCAUAUAGCAGAGAAAGAAAUUGAAGGAGCUCAGCCUCUCCUCUCCUCUCCUCCACUUUUUCUAACCCUCUCAGCUCAGCUGCUCACCUUCUCCCUGUCGCUGGUGAACCCUUUAAUCAUCCUCUCUUUAUCUGAGGAGUUCAGAGAGGGCUACAGGGGGCUGUGGAGGCGCCUCACCCUGCGCAAACAACCUCCACCAAAGCCAAAGCCGGGACCUCACAACCCUACCGUUCUCCAGACGCCUUGCCCCAGACCAGAGACCUCAGGCCAGCUGAGGGAGGAGAGGAACUUUCGAUCGAGUUCCAGCCACCAGGCUCCCAGCAUAGAUGCUCAACCCCAGGUGGAACAAGGUGGAGGAAGAGGAGGAGGAGGAGGAGGAGGAGGGAGAGAAAUAGACAAGGUGAGCCUCAAAGAUGGGAUUGUCUUGCCUGACGUGGAGCAGUUCUGGCACGAGAGGGAGACAGGAUCUAACGCAGAGGAAAAUGAUCCUGUGCCGUGGGAGCAUCAGAGCAACGAGGGAAAAUAACAACCACCUUCCAGCUCAUCAUCAAGUUAACGUCACUAAAAUCCUCAGAUAGCAGUAACUUCAUUAAGAGACCUCAUUUGAAUGGACUGAUCAGUGAUACACCGUAAGUCAUUGGUAUUGUCAACUGUGUUUAUGAUAUUAUUCAAAGGGAAGAAGGGCAAUCAAUCAUCAGUCCAUAUCUGUAUAUAAGGUAAACUCUGCAAUAAAUGUCUCUUUGUUGUUUAAUGAGGAAGAACUAGAUUAUAAUUAGUGCAUGUGUAGCUUUUGGUGUCUGUAAAUUUAAAGCUUCUUGUAAGGAUGACAAUGUAAAUUCAAUACAAACAUGGCAUACAGUAAAGGAAUAAGUAAAAUUGCAGAUAUCUUAACAUAUAUUUCUGAAGAUUAUAUAGUAAAGACUAAGGAUGCUGCAAGAAACUGCCAGAGCAAAACAGAAAUGAUUUUCAUUUUAUCAUUUAAAAAAUACCUAAUGGAUCUUAAUUGGAGGCACAGUAAAUGUUAACCCCCUUAAAUGUGUUUGGCACCCAUUGUAACCUUUUUCCAGUAUUGUAUAAAUCAUUUUACUAUUAAUUAUUAUUAUUAUCAUAUUAAGUGAUGUGGAAGUCUGCAGUUUUUAUGUGAAAGUGAAAGAAAUUGUGUUUCCUGUCUUUUUUCUGUGAGAGAGGUUAUUUUGUAAUUGUUGUGCAUCUGAAUGACCAGUGUUUACAAUAAAGACUAUUCUAAAAA